GUCAUCAGGGACUGCCACGGUGCAGACGCACCUACUUCUAAGACUAACUUCACGGGUGCUUCCGCCAAGAAAAGUAGUGCGAGUGGCAUUUUCCCUCCCGCCACCCGCGGUGCUGCACCGUCCUCUCGCCAUCCCCGCCCCGUUCCCAACCGAACUCGGCGCGGUCGCGCUCCCCACGCGCCAUCGGGAGAGCCUGCGGGGGGUCGCGGGGAGCUAGCCGUCGCGCGGAUCCCUCCGCCUGCGGUAUCGGUGCUGCGGUCGGGCCCGCGCCAUUUUGAAUGCCGGCUCUGUCCGCCGCUGCUGCUGCAGGGACCGGCCUGAGGAUGCCAGCCCCCAUCAGACUGCGGGAGUUGAUCCGGACCAUCCGGACAGCAAGAACCCAGGCAGAGGAGCGUGAGAUGAUCCAAAAAGAAUGUGCUGCUAUCCGGUCAUCCUUCCGAGAGGAAGAUAACACAUACCGAUGCAGAAAUGUGGCAAAACUGCUGUAUAUGCACAUGCUGGGAUAUCCUGCACAUUUUGGACAGUUGGAGUGCCUCAAGCUUAUUGCAUCUCAGAAAUUCACAGACAAGCGCAUUGGGUAUUUAGGUGCCAUGUUGCUGCUGGAUGAGAGACAGGAUGUUCAUCUUCUUAUGACCAAUUGCAUCAAGAAUGACCUUAAUCACAGCACGCAGUAUGUGCAGGGGCUGGCACUUUGUACUCUUGGCUGCAUGGGCUCCUCAGAAAUGUGCAGAGACCUUGCAGGAGAGGUGGAAAAGCUCCUCAAAACUUCCAAUUCCUAUCUUAGGAAGAAGGCAGCACUGUGUGCUGUUCAUGUCAUCAGAAAGGUGCCUGAACUUAUGGAGAUGUUCCUGCCAGCCACCAAAAACUUGCUGAAUGAGAAGAACCACGGUGUUCUUCAUACAUCAGUUGUCCUCCUCACAGAGAUGUGUGAGAGAAGCCCAGACAUGCUUGCACACUUUAGAAAGCUUGUUCCCCAAUUAGUUCGUAUUCUGAAGAACCUUAUCAUGUCUGGGUAUUCACCAGAGCAUGAUGUGUCUGGGAUCAGUGACCCCUUUUUGCAGGUACGAAUCCUGCGGUUACUAAGAAUUUUAGGGAGAAAUGAUGAUGAUUCUAGUGAAGCAAUGAAUGAUAUACUUGCACAGGUUGCCACUAAUACAGAAACAAGUAAAAAUGUGGGAAAUGCCAUUCUCUAUGAAACUGUGCUGACUAUUAUGGAUAUAAAAUCUGAGAGUGGCCUGAGAGUCUUAGCCAUUAACAUCCUAGGCCGUUUCUUACUAAACAACGACAAAAAUAUUAGAUAUGUAGCUUUGACGUCAUUGUUGAAAACUGUGCAGACAGACCAUAAUGCAGUACAGCGGCACCGAAGCACCAUUGUGGACUGCCUGAAGGAUCUGGACGUCUCCAUUAAAAGGCGUGCAAUGGAACUGAGUUUCGCUCUUGUUAAUGGGAACAAUGUCCGUGGAAUGAUGAAGGAGUUAUUGUAUUUCCUAGAUUCUUGUGAACCAGAGUUCAAGGCAGACUGUGCAUCUGGAAUAUUUCUUGCAGCUGAAAAAUAUGCUCCUUCCAAGCGCUGGCACAUAGACACAAUUAUGAGAGUCUUAACAACGGCAGGAAGUUAUGUUCGUGAUGAUGCUGUUCCCAAUCUGAUCCAGUUAAUAACUAAUAGUGUGGAGAUGCAUGCCUACACUGUGCAGAGACUCUACAAAGCCAUCCUUGGAGAUUACUCCCAGCAACCCCUGGUACAAGUUGCCUCCUGGUGCAUAGGAGAGUAUGGAGAUCUUCUGGUGUCCGGUCAGUGUGAAGAGGAGGAACCAAUACAGGUAACAGAGGAUGAAGUUCUUGAUAUUUUAGAAAGCGUCCUGAUAUCUAAUAUGUCUGCAUCUGUGACACGAGGCUAUGCUCUCACUGCCAUCAUGAAGCUUUCCACAAGGUUCACCUGCACUGUCAAUCGCAUUAAGAAGGUAGUUUCCAUCUACGGCAGCAGCAUUGAUGUGGAGCUACAGCAGAGAGCUGUGGAAUAUAAUGCACUUUUCAAGAAAUAUGAUCACAUGAGGUAAGCAGCACUGCUUGAGAGAAUGCCAGUAAUGGAGAAAGUCACCACAAAUGGCCCUGCUGAGAUUGUACAGACCAAUGGAGAGACAGAGACAGCCAGUCUGGAAACCAAACCUCCACCCUCUGGAUUGCAGCCUGCUAACCAGGCAAAUGAUUUAUUGGACUUGUUGGGGGAAAGUGAUAUAAUACCUGUAAUUCCCACUGCACCUACAAGCAAGCCAGCCUAUGCUGGUGGGGAGCUGCUUGACCUCCUGGGAGACCUCAACCUAACAGAUUCUCCAGUAUCUGCCCCUGCACCCCAGAUAGCACAGCCUCCAUUCCUCCUCGAUGGACUUACAACUCAGCCUCUCUUCAAUGAUAUUGCUGCAGGAAUCCCCCCCAUUACUGCAUACAACAAGAAUGGGCUGAAGAUAGACUUCACCUUUGAGAGGUCGAACACCAACCCUAGUGUCACCGUAAUCACAAUACAGGCUUCCAACAGCACAGAACUGGAUAUGACAGAUUUUGUUUUCCAAGCUGCAGUACCAAAGACAUUUCAGCUGCAGCUUCUGUCUCCCAGCAGCAGUGUCAUCCCUGCAUUUAACUCUGGGACCAUCACACAGGUCAUUAAAGUCCUGAAUCCACAGAAGCAACAACUGCGUAUGCGGAUCAAGUUGACAUAUAAUCACAAGGGCUCAGCAAUGCAGGAUCUAGCAGAAGUCAACAACUUCCCCCCUCAGUCUUGGCAAUGAGGCUCUGGCACCAUUCUUACUCUCAUCCCACCCAAUCAAAAGAACUCUGGGAAGAUGGUUGUGAUCCUUGGCAAUCCCCGAAACUGCACCAUGGGCUUGGGGAACAAAUGAGACCUGCUGAUGAGGAGGAAUUUUCCUGAAGUGAUUGCUGACUUUGAAGCAUAUCUGUUAAGACUAAUCUCCUCUCCUCUGCUGAUGAGGCUGGCGGCUUGUGGAGGCUACUGUGCACUCCCUCACACAUGCAUUCACAGCCAGAAGCAACAUUCCCUUCCUCCCCUUCCCCACCCUCCUUCCCCCUCAAAAAGGAACACAUCCUGGUUGGAAGAGAAGUCUGGAAUUUCUAGCAGGGAAACUUUCUUCUCUCUGCAGCAAGUGAGCAGUUGCUCCUUCUUUCUGCUGUCUUUUUUUUCCCUGGGGUGGGUAAGGCGUCAUUCAUUUCUAGCUGGAUUCUUUCAGGCAUUUUCAUCUGGGACUCAGAUGGGGUCUUGGGGAAUGUCAGGCUGCCCUGCCUCUUUCUUCUUGUAUCCCCUGGAUCUUAAGGGGCUGGAGGCUUCUUAUGACCUACUCAGUGCAUUAUUGUAUACACCCACUUCUUAGUUAUGUGCUGCAUACUAAGAGUAAGUGAGGCCUUUGGAGUUCAUCUGCAAACCUGGGAAACAGUGCAGGAGAAGUGGUGCUGGUAAGAGCUGGUAAAAUUGCUUUGGUGCUGUACUUGGAAAUGAAGCCCUUCCCUCUGAAUUUUCUUUCCUUCCAUCAGUAGCCACAGCCAUGCAGAUUCAGUCUUCUGUAGCUUCCCCAGAAAGUGAAGUGAGUUAUGAGAGAUGUAGAGAUAAAAGGAGCAGCUGGUUUUCUACCACAUACGGUUUCAAAGUCUUUCAACUUGUUAGUUGUGGUUUAUGGGUAGAAAAGACACAUUCAAUUUUGUAGAUCAGUUCUUGGGCAAGGGCUUUGCUCCUGGUGGGAGACUCGUUGGAGACUAUGCUGCAAAGUUGCUCUUCCUGAUUGUUCCAGAACUUCCCCCCAGUUUUAUUUCCAGAGCCUAUUGUAGACCCCCUGGGUUCCAUUUGAGUUACUUCUGACUGGGAUAUUUGUGUUGUAUCUGUAAUAUUGGCACUGAAAUAAAGACCAUGCAGUUUAAAGAGA